GGGGCUGCUUGCGCUCGGAGGGAACUGCAGAAAGAGGGGAAAACGGCGCCCUCGGCUCCGGCUAGCUUCUACCAUGGGAUGCUGCACUGGGCGCUGUACGUUGAUCUUCCUUUGCACGCUGCAGCUGCUAGCUGCACUGGAGAGACAAAUCUUUGACUUUCUGGGAUUCCAGUGGGCUCCCAUCCUUGGCAAUUUCCUGCAUAUCAUAGCUGUAAUUUUGGGUUUGUUUGGAACCAUCCAAUAUAGACCUCGAUAUAUAGUUCUGUACUCCAUUUGGACUGCUCUCUGGGUCACAUGGAAUGUUUUCAUUAUCUGCUUUUAUUUGGAAGUAGGUGGUCUAUCUAAGGAAACAGAUCUCAUGACCUUUAACAUCUCAAUGCAUCGAUCUUGGUGGCGAGAACAUGGACCAGGCUGCAUACGAAGAGUGGUGCGCCCUUCAGCUCCUGGGAUCUUAGAUGACAUUUCCUAUGUCUCUGUGACAGGUUGCAUCAUUGACUUCCAAUACCUAGAGGUCAUUCACAGUGCCAUCCAAAUACUACUCUCUUUGAUUGGUUUUGUUUACGCCUGUUAUGUGAUUAGUGUUUUUAUGGAAGAAGAGGACAGCAGUAAAUACUGAUAUACACCUCCUGAUCUCUGGAGCCACGACCUUGGGGUUGAAAGAAGGACUCAGUCCUGAUGCCACGCUUAUGUUUAGCAGUGUUAUGAGGAGGAGCCAGGCUUUGCAGCAAAAGCCCCAGUUCUGCAGGACCAUCUCACUGAAGAAACAUGGCUUCAUGGGGUUUGACCAGGACUGUAGAUUCCUCUGCUGAAGUGUGGCUGCAUUUCUCAGUCACCACCUCAGAAUCCUUAUUAGUGUUGUAAAGUGAACCUUUCUUAGAUAAGCUUGAAUUUUUCUUUACUCACUUUUAUGACAACUUGUACAUUGUAACUUUUUCCUUUUUGAAGUUUUUUAAAACAAAAUAUCUAGUGUUUAUCUAGGCAUGAAAACAGUGGAGUGUGUGAAAAAAGAGUCCUCUUUUUCCAGAAGUUUUACCAUAGUUUUGGAGUAAGACAACUGUACUAUAUUUGCAUGUGCUAGUAAUGAUUUGCCAUACACAGACACACACACUUCCCCAAAAGCGCUCAGUUCUGAUGCAAUGAGUGGGAGGGGAGGGGAGGAAAGAGUGAUGAAUCUAAGACACAACAUCCAGCUAAACGAGACAGUCACUUUUUCUAUAGAAUCAUUCUUAAUUACAGCCAUAUUGUAGGAAUUAAUCAGUAAAAGUGGUUUUCCAGUUG